GGGCGCUGACCGGAAGCGCGGCGGCUUCGCCCGCCCCUUCCGGCAGCGGCGAGGCCAUGGGGAAGAAGCGCAGCGUGGGGCUCGGGCGUUCUCUGCAGCGGCAGCGCGGCCCGGGGCGGCGCGGCCCCUCCUCAUGGCUCCAUGCCAGCGAGGUCCUGGGCGACGAGCGCGGCCCGGAGCUGCGGUCGACGGCGGAGCAGAGCUCGCUGGAGGAGUUCCUGGCCACGGCCGAGCUAGCCGGCACCCGCUUCAUGGCCGAGCGUCUGAACAUCCAGAUCGUGUCUGCCCAGAGCCGCACCGGCCUGCUCACGGCCCAGGAGGCCCAGCGUGUGCAGCAGCUGCAUGAAGAGAACCGACAGUUCCUGCGCAUCCCACGGAGGCCACAGUGGGAUAGGACAACCAGUGCAGAGGACUUAAAGCAAGCAGAGAACGAGAGCUUUCUUGAUUGGAGGCGACAACUUGCCCAUCUUGAGGAAGAAAAAAAGUUAAUUCUGACCCCAUUUGAACGAAACUUGGAAUUUUGGCGUCAGCUUUGGAGAGUCAUUGAAAGAAGUGAUAUCGUAGUCCAGAUAGUAGAUGCUAGAAACCCGCUUCUGUUUAGAUGCCAAGAUCUGGAAAGUUACGUUAAGGAAAUCAGCAAUGACAAGGAGAACAUGAUCCUGAUAAACAAAGCAGACUUUCUGAGUGAGGAGCAGCGGGCUGCUUGGGCACAGUUCUUUGAGAAAGAGGGCGUUAAGGUGGUGUUCUGGUCAGCUUUGGCAGAGUGCAAACGGUUGUCCGGAGAAAUAAAGGAACUGGAUACUGAAGAUGUAGCAGAGGACUCAAAUGAUUCUGAGGAUGAAAGCUCCAGUCAAGAAGACAGCACAGCACAAGAUAGUGCGGAAAGAACAUCCACAAGCAAUGCUUUGCAGGCUGUAAAUCAGGUUCUGGUUAGUGAUGAUGAGAGUAGUGAUGAAUAUGAAGACUGUGAAGACGAUGAAGAGGAGGCCUGGCAAACCUGUUCUGAAGAUGAAGACUGGGACAAAAUAAAUGCUAUUGCCCCAGAAAAGAUGGAGAGCAGGACUUGUGGUGCUGCGGUGCAGCAUGUAGUGCCAGAGCAGAACAGGAACAUCAGAAACUUCAGCCAUCUGGUAACGAGAGAUGAGCUGCUGGAAAUAUUCAAAACCAUGCAUGAUGGACCAAGGGUGAAGGAUGGGGAAGUAAACGUUGGACUGGUGGGUUACCCUAAUGUUGGCAAAAGUUCAACCAUCAACACAAUACUUGGAAAUAAGAAGGUAUCAGUGUCUGCAACACCAGGCCGUACGAAACACUUUCAGACCCUGUAUGUGGAGCCUGGCCUGUGCCUAUGUGAUUGCCCUGGUCUGGUGAUGCCAUCUUUCGUCUCUACCAAGGCAGAAAUGAUUUGUUCUGGAAUUCUGCCUAUAGACCAGAUGAGGGACCAUGUCCCACCCAUUUCUCUAGUUUGCCAGCAUAUCCCACGAAACAUUUUGGAAGCAACCUAUGGAAUAAAUAUCAUAAGGCCAAGGGAAGAUGAGGAUCCAGAUCGAAAGCCAACAGCUGAAGAGUUGCUAACAGCAUAUGGAUAUAUGAGAGGCUUUAUGACAGCUCAUGGACAGCCAGACCAGCCGAGAUCAGCUCGAUACGUGUUAAAAGACUAUGUCAAUGGGAAGCUGUUGUAUUGCCAUCCACCACCUGGCAUUGACCCAGAUGAUUUUCAGCACCAGCAUCGAAGGUGCCCAGAGAACAGAACUGUGCAGAGCAGUGGACAGGUGAAGCCUGAGAAGAAUACCAAAGCAAAACAGAUUGAAAAUGUGGUGGACAAAACAUUUUUCCAUCAGGAGAAUGUCCGUGCCCUGAUGAAAGGAGUCCGGGCUGCAAUGGGAUACCGGCCUGGCAGUGGCCUUGUGACUGCACCAAAUCAUGAGAAUAUGGUAGGAAAACCCUGGAAAAAGCAUGGAAACAGAAAUAAGAAGGAGAAAAUUCGCAGAAUCACUAAGCACCUGGAGGCUUAGCUGUGGCACCGAUAUCUGACCUUUCCACGGUAAAGGCUAUACUGUCCUGCAGGCCUGAACUGUGAAGGAAAGAAUGGAAAAGUGGGCAUUGCUAGCUCACCCAGGAGCUCCAUGCUAUGGAUUGGCCUGGGCAGGGAACAAGAGUGGUCUCUGAUAGUUGGAGCUCAUCUCUUCUCAGAACAAAAGAAACCUGCCUAGUUGUGUUAUCUGGAAGCUGGCCCAGAUGUUUGACUGCUGCUGAAACAUCCUUUCAAUGGGAGCAGAUGGAACUGUACGGGAAUGUUUUUUUCCUUCCAUUAAGGAUGUAUUUUAUAGCUGUUGGGAUCAAAGCAAGCCCUGUAAAACUGACUAAAAUCUUUAAACAGUUGAAUUUCAGUGAGUGAUUUUUGGCUUUUGAGAUGCUAUUGCUCAUCUUUUGGUUUUUCAAAGCUUAUUUGUUGAUUUGACAGAACACUUUAGUGUGUUGAAAAAUGAGAUAAGAGGAUCUUUAUCACCCUCUUCCUUCUCUGCUAUACCAGCCCUAUUCUGUAGAAUCUGGCAUUGAAACCACUUCCUAUUUCCCAGCUUAAGGCAGAGCACAGCACACCAUGCAAGGAAAAUGCUGCUUUUACAUGCUUCACACUGUGCUGGUACCAGUUGUUUUUCUGUGUGACCUCCUAUUGGUAUAUUAAAACACUAGCUCCUUGUGACUGGCCAAAAAUCUGGUACUAAUUUGUCCUAAAAUAUAUUUGAGAUUUUACUUCCUGUACGGCAUCAAGUUCUGUCUCACUGACCUGUUGGGCACUGACCUCAUCACAGAAGUGUCACAAUGAGAGAUUGUAAUGAGUACAUUUGUAUUUGAUGUUUAAAAGACUGUACUUGAGGUCAUAUUUAGGUGAGAUUUACUCCUUGGCUGCCCUGCUGAGAAAAUAUUUGUGCACUUGGUCAGUGCUCUUCAUUCCUAGUCCAGCACAGGGACUAAUGAUAGCACUGGAAAGGCUUGCAAGCAUAAGUUGUGCUUUGUUUUUAGGUGGUGAAACAGAUGACACGGGUCUCUGAUACUAAAAAAGGGAUUGCUGUCUUGUAAUUUUGUACUUUCUAGGCCUUAAUUGUAGAUGGAGAUAAAAAAACAGGUGCUGAGCAAAGCCGCAGCAGAUGUUGGGUGUGCAACCAAGAUGGUUUUGUGACCCAUUAUGUGCUUGUCCUGUGCAGCCAGUUCGCACUGUGUAUGCCAAGAGUCCCCUGACAGCAGAGCUGUCGCCUCAGCUUCUGUUUCCCCCAGAGUCCUUGCUCUCAAGUCCUUACUUACAUCACUGCAGAGAAGAGAUUCCCCUGCCACUUGUACAACUAAAGCGUAAUUAUACUGAAUGAAUAUGGUAAAUGCUAUUUUAAGUCAGUGCUUUCCAACAUAGUGCAAAGUAGACCAGAAGAGUAUAUAAUCUGCUUCUCUUGGAGAAGCUGAUAUUUGCCUUUGUUUCCUGAAGGUGUUGUGCUGUAACCAAAUCUGUCUCCGAUCAGACUUUCCCACCUUCCUUGGAGGGAUGGUUUCUGCUUUUGUCCCUUUUCAUACUUAUGGGACCUGAUUGCUCAGUAACGCCCAUUUAUUUUUGUCCUCCCUUGUGUGAAGCUAUUAUUUGUUAAAUCACUUGUUCAGUUGAAGUUGGGGUAUCCUUUAUUGAAGCUUA